GCUGCGCCUUUUUAUCCCUUAAAUUAAACCUUACGUUGAAGCUUGUUUUUUCAACAGAGGAAUAAUUCUGCAUAACACCCCCCCCCCCUCCAAAAAAAAAGGAGCAAAAAGUUAACCCUAAGUGGAGUUUUUUUUGUUUCCAUGUGGAGGAGAUGGAGCAGCAGCCUGAUGCUCCGUUCUCGUGUUUUGUGGCUCUGAAGGAUGGCUGAACCUCGCUUCAACAAUCCCUAUUUUUGGCCUCCGCCUCCCACCAUGCCCGGCCAGCUGGAUAACCUAGUCUUGAUCAAUAAAAUCAAGGAGCAGCUGAUGGCGGAGAAGAUCCGACCGCAGCACCUGCCCGCCGCCUCGGCCCCGUCCCAGCAGCCCUUGCUGGCUCCCCCGAUCCAGGCGGACGGCAGCCAGCACGCCAUGUCCAAAACUCAUCAGAUGCAGGUUCUCCACAGCCACAGUCCGUCCCCGCCCGACAUCGCCCUUCACGCCCGCCCCGCCUCCAGCUCCGUCACAGGUCGUAUUCUGGGCGACGUAAACUUGAAUCUGGACGACAAGGCCGCUAUAAAAGCCAGAGGAUUGUGGGAGGACUGGCAUCUCCGUCAACUCAUAGACCAUCCGUCAAGGACAAACCACGUCUCAGGUGUGGCGCUCGCAUCCAGAACGGGCAACCUCAACACCUCGGAGAUGGUCACCCCCGCCACGGCCUCCCUGAGCAACCACGGCCGGCUGGGCGGAGGCCCCACGCAACACCUCCUCUCCGGCUUAGCCUGCGGCCACGGCAUGGAGCUCGGGAAGAACCACGGCGGUCUGGUGGGACUCCUCGGCCCCCCUCCCAAGGAGGAGCGAGGGCGCAGGAGGAUCAAAGCGGAAAGCGGGUCGUCUCUCUUGGUGGUGCCGUACCCGAUCCUAGCUUCGGGCAACGACCCGUCCUGCGUCACCCUCACUGCGAAGCCAGCAAAGACCUACAGGUGUAAAGUUUGUCCGCUGACGUUCUUCUCCAAGUCGGACAUGCAGAUCCACUCCAAAACGCACACAGAGGCCAAGGCUCACAAGUGCCCCCACUGCACCAAGUCCUUCGCCAACGCGUCGUACCUGGCCCAGCACCUGCGCAUACACCUGGGCAUCAAGCCCUACCGCUGCUCCUACUGCGAGAAAUGUUUUCGCCAACUCUCCCAUCUGCAGCAGCACACCAGGAUCCACACGGGGGAUCGGCCGUACAAAUGCCUCCACCCGGGAUGUGAAAAAGCUUUUACUCAGCUGUCUAAUCUCCAGUCUCACCAGAGGCAGCACAACAAAGACAAGCCCUUCAAGUGUUCCAAUUGUUACCGUGCCUAUUCAGACUCUGCCUCGCUGCAGAUCCACCUGUCCGCACACGCCAUCAAAAACGCCAAGGCCUACUGCUGCAGCAUGUGCGGCCGCGCCUACACGUCGGAGACGUACCUUAUAAAACACAUGUCCAAACACACUAUGAUGGAACAUGUGGUGUCCCAUCACUCCCCCCAGCACAGGACAGAGUCUCCAGCCAUCCCUAUACGCAUCUCCCUCAUCUGAGCCCCUUCGCGCCGUCCCGUCAGACACGACAUCUGACGCCGGCGCCCCUUCCGACGGACUUAGAACCCGAUUUAACGGCUUCCAAAGAUGUGCCAGAUCGUACGGGUUUCUGGUGAAGAGGUGCUCUUUUAAUGGGUGUAUCCUCCUUUUCUUUCUUUGCUGACCAGAUAGUAUUAUCGGGGACAUCCAAAGAUGACUUCUCAGCACUUUCGGGCCCGGGAAAUGACAGGCCUAAAAAUGUCUUUUUCUAUGUGACAACCCAAGUAUUGCCCCAGGCAGCUACAGUUCGUGGAAAAUGUUCUUAAGCGUUUUGUGUGAUAACAUUGUCUUUUUCUAGUAAUAUUCCAUUUGCUUUCUUUCCACCAAGUAUUUGCAAAGAUAAAUGUAUUUGCAUCAAAAGGAGUCUUCCGUUAGCCGAGGGGCCAAGUGAGCAUAAAGGAGAAUUCUUAUAUAAUGCUUAUUCAUGUGUAUCUUGUUAUGUCAGUGUUUGCAAUGUUUCACCAAUCAUACGGCCAUAACAUUUUCAUUACAUUAUUUUUGUCAUUUGACCAUAACAUGCAACUUAUAAUUAGAAGAAUAUUUCAUUCUUCAUUUGUUUUGCAAAAUACCGCAGUUUCUUUCGUUCAAAUUGAAUCGAGGCUGUAGGUCUCCUAAAAUACGAGAACUGCAAAAAGAAAUUGUUAUUAGUAAAUAUACAAAAGAAUCACACAAACUAAGCAAAAAAAAACUGAAUUGAAACUUGAAUUGAUGAGAUGACUGUGAGAGCUUCUGCUUGGAGUAAAUUGAAAAACCAUAAACCUUGAGGAUUUAUAUGCAUGUAUCCAUGUCAGAUUCUUCCCAAUAUUGAUUAUUGGUGUUUUAAUAUGAAAAUGAAUCAUACAAGCAGUGCUUUUUUAUGUUCCACUUUGAGUGAGCAAAUACAUAAAGACAUGAAAUGUCACACAGACAGGUAUUACUUUCACAGCAACUUUAAUAAUGAGGUCCCUCUCUUUGUUUUCAACCAUAAUGUGCAACUGAAGCCAUCAUUUUUUUAUUGUUUUAUCAAAGAAAAUGUCAACAUUUUUCAAUCCAUUUAAGCCUUAAUUUAAUUUUUAAUACAACCCUCCACCAUGUUGUUUUAUAAUUUUACAUUUGCCUUUAUUUCAUAGCAUGAUAUGUACUGUAAAUAAACUAUAUUGACUGUCAACCUGUUUUUUAUAAUAAAUAACUAUAGUUACCAGUAA